AUACUUUUGUACAGAAUCAAAUUUACAUGAAAAAUUGUAUUUCAUUAUUACCUCAAUUUUUUGUCUGUUAAUAGACCAGAGUGAACUCUGUGUACAUCCCAAAGACGGCCCCAUCACAUCAGAGAGCCGUCAUCCUCAUGUGUCUGAGAUUGAUGGAGGAAGAGAGAAGGAAGGGAGUGAGGAGAAGAAGAAGAGCUUCUGGAAGUGGCCUGCUCUUCACUUUCCUUGCAUUGGAGCUGGAACAUAUGAUCUGGCCGAAGUGGAAGAGAAACACUGGAUAGAGGCGGGAACGCACUGGAGAGAUAUCGAUGAUCCAGCUCCUGAAGACCUCCUUGCUGCUGAGGAACAGCAGAAACACAGCGUCCUGGACAAGAACCAGAGUGAACUCUGUGUACAUCCCAAAGACGGCCCCAUCACAUCAGAGAGCCGUCAUCCUCAUCUGUCUGAGAUUGAUGGAGGAAGAGAGAAGGAAGUGAGCGAGGAGAAGAAGAAGAAGAAGAAGAGCUUCUGGAAGUGGCCUGCUCUUCACUUUCCUUGCAUUGGAGCUGGAACAUAUGAUCUGGCCGAAGUGGAAGAGACACACUGGACAGAGGCGGGAACGCACUGGAGAGAUAUCGAUGACCAGAGUGUACACGAACACUGCGUACAACCCAAAGACUCCCCCACCAGGUCUGAAGAGACGCCUGUUACUCCUGUUGAGAACGAUGGAGGGAGAACGGAGGCAGGGACAGAGGAAGUCCUCCUCACUACUGAGCAACAGCUCGUGCAGGACAUCCUGGACAAGGGCCACAUUCACAAGCAAUAUGAAAUCGGCCGCAUGCUUGGUGAAGGAGGAUGUGGCAGUGUUUAUGAAGGGACUCGCUGCGAGGAUGGACUUAAGGUGGCUGUGAAAUGUUCAGAGAAGACGCCAGACAUGUCAUAUAUCAGUGUGCCUGGUCAUCCCAAUCGUCUGCCAAUGGAGAUUGGCCUGAUGCUCAUGGCCAACAAUGGCCCCAGCGUUUCCCAGAUCAUUAAGCUGCUCGACUGGGAGGAUGACACAGAUCACUACGUGAUAGUCAUGGAGCGACCAGUGCCUUGCGUGGAUUUGUUUACUUUCGUGGAUGAGGAAGAAAAGCUUGACGAGGGGAUUGCAAGAAAUAUUAUGCGGCAGAUCAUUGAUGCCGCUCAAACUUGCUGUGAUCGUGGUGUCUUCCAUCGUGAUAUAAAACUGGAGAACAUCUUGGUGAACCAGGACACCAUGGAGGUCAAAUUAAUUGACUUCGGGUGCGGGACAGUCAUGAAGAAAUCUACCUUCGAAUCCUUUAGUGGCACGAAAGAGUACUGUCCACCUGAGUUCAACUUGAAGGGCAGGUACCAAGCAAAGCCAACCACAGUGUGGACACUAGGGUUCAUCUUGUUUGAAAUGGUGUGCGGGGAAUGCCCUACAUCCUACGACCAUCACAAGAUCAGUGUGAACCUCUGGACCAGACCUGGCUUGUCAAAAGAAUGCCGCCAGAUGAUUUGUGAUUGUCUGCAGCCUGAUCCAGAGAAGAGACUCAGUCUGGACGAGAUGCAUCUCCACGACUGGUUUAAGGUCACAGAGUAAAACAUAACCUCAGAAAACAACUCCUGUCAUGGCCACCCUGUUGUUUUCUGUCUUCAGUCAGCUUUGCGUCUGGUGGACUGACACGAGUGGCCUUCCAUCAGUCCACUCUGGCCUUAGCGUAUUGCAGGCCCUUACCUUGAAUUAAAGCAG